CCCAAACCGGCUUGGAUAGUGCGGCAUGUACAAGUACAUCCCCCCGAUGACUCUUCUCUUUCCAAACUGGAUUUGCAUUUUCAUUCGCAUUCUGUGGUUGCGCGCGGAUCAUCAGUUGUGGCCGAACUGUGGAACAGGAAUGUUGCUGACUGCCAAGUGGGUUCUGCCGCUUUUGCUAUGGCUCUCUCUUGGGGGAUUUCCCUUGUUAAACGGCGUCGAUCUCUGCCAGCCCAUCGGUUGGCGGAAUUUCCAGUGCAACGAGGUCGCAUCUCUGCAGGAUCUGGUAGAUUUGGGAGCUGAAAACUGGCAUACCCUCUCUAUAAGUAAUGCGCAAACAGAAUUGGAGGUGGGCUCAGGCGAAAAUGCCGAUCAUUUGGCCAACUUAGUCGAGCUGGACUUAACUGCAGCAGCCCCAAUAAACCUUCAUACCAGCGGCUUUUCUAUUCUACCCAAUCUGCGGUACCUAAACCUCAGUGGCUGUGGUCUCGCUGAUAUCCAGGGUAACCACUUUGCGGUUGACUCAUCACUUCAGCGGCUUGAUUUUAGCCACAAUCAAAUGGAUCAUCUGGACCGGGACUUUUUUGGCAAUCUGAGAAAACUGAUUUAUGCGAAUUUUUCGUAUAAUGCCCUAAGGCAAUGCGAUCUGCCCCAUAUGCCGCUGCUCAAUCGCCUGGAACUGAGCCACAAUCGCUUGGUAAAUGCCACUUUUGGGGUCUGUCCACAGCUGCAGGAAUUGAUUUUGAAUAACAAUCAACUGGCACAGUUGGACCUGAACGCCUUUCGCGGACUCCAUGGUCUGCUAAACCUCCAGCUCAGCGGUAACAGGUUAAACACCAUUGGCCAGGAAACCUUUGAGCCACUUUCCCAACUGCGAAUACUAAACCUCUCACAGAACGCUCUUGAUGCACUCCGUCCGAAUGUAUUUGGAGCGGUGCAAAACUUUGUACUGCAUUUGCAGCAGCUAGAUCUGUCAGGUAAUCGGAUACGCCUUCUGUUUGACAAUCAAUUUCGUGUGCUGGCCAGAUUACAGAUGCUAGAUGUGUCCAGGAACAGUAUUGCCAGCCUAAGUCCCGGUCAUUUUGUGGGAUUGGGUUCUUUACGAAAGCUAUAUAUGCAGUAUAAUGCUAUCCUAGAAAUCAAAUCGGGAACCUUUGCCGCCCUGUUGAACCUCGACACAUUGGACUUGUCGUACAAUAACCUAGAAUUCCUGGAAGAGCAAAUCUUUGGAAGCAACACCUUGUUACGAAUGCGACGGCUAAAUCUGAAUGGAAAUCGUAUGAAGUACCUACAUCCUCUGGCUUUCUCAUCGCUGCCAUUUCUGGAAUACCUAAGGUUGGGUCACAACGAACUAAAAUCCUUAGAUGUGCGGAUGUUUGCACCCAUGCGGCGUCUUCAGAAGCUUCAUUUGGGCCACAAUCUACUGGAAGAGAUCAACCUGGAUGUGCUGGAAAGCCUUAGUAGCGUACAAGAGAUCUUGGUGGAUAACAAUCGCCUUACCUUUCUGGCAAAGGUGAAUGUGAGCUUCCCAAACCUGAAACGCGUAUCCAUUGAGGGCAAUCCUUGGCAGUGUCCUUGUUUUGUGAAACUACAACAAUGGUUAGCCACCAGGGAUGUUGUUUAUCUACGGGAAAAUACGGGCUACUAUAAGGGUGAACGACCCCUUUGCAUUGUGACUAAUGUGGAUUACUGUAUUCAAAAUCUGCAAGCAGUUCGAAGACUUGGAAUUUUAGGAGAUUUCCAGGGGGAACAGGUAGAGGCAGAUGCCUUUGACGACGAUGCCAGUGCAGCACAAGACUGAUUGCUUUUAAAAACUUAUGGAAUUCUAUUAGAAUACAUUUUUAAAGUUCAUGAUAAUCAUAUUACCCUAUAGGAUUUAAUAAAAACCCUAAGAA